AUGGCACCCACCGAAACCCCGGGCUCCGACCCGGAGAAGCGGGUCCUCGCGGAUAUCGUCCCCGCCACCACCGGCCCCCUAGAUGAAGACGCCAUCCCCUCAAAGCACCACAUCACCGACGAAACCGGCGCCCUCGCCGCCUCAGCCCUCGACUCCGCGCCCCUCGACGCCGCCGAGUCCCGCUCCAUCCUCGCCAAGCUCGACAGGCGCAUCCUCCCCUUCCUCUGCAUCACCUACGCCCUGCAGUUCAUCGACAAGACUUCUUUGGGGUACAGCUCCGUCUACGGCAUCAUCAAGGACAACAAGCUCGUCGGGCAGCAGUACAGCUGGGCCAGCUCCAUCUUCUACUUUGGGUAUCUUGUCGCGGAGUACCCCGGCGUCGCCAUCCUCCAACGGUUCCCCGUCGCCAAGUUCCUGGGCGUGAAUAUCGUCCUCUGGGGUAUGAUUCUCAUGACCACUGCGGCGUGUAGUUCCUUUGCGGGGCUGGCGUCGGUUCGGUUCCUGCUGGGUGUCACGGAGGCGACCAUAUCGCCUGGCUUCGUGGCCGUCACGGGAAUGUGGUGGACGAGACAGGAGCAGGCCGGCCGCUCGGCGCUGUGGGUUUCGUUCCUGGGUGUCGGAAGCUUUGUGGGCACGUUGCUCGCGUACGGCAUCGGGCACAUCACGGGCUCGCUGUCGCCGUGGAAGUACAUCUUCCUGAUCCUGGGCGCCAUGACCGUCGUCUGGGGCGUCGUGUUUACGAUUUUCGUGCCGGACGGGCCCGCAAAGGUGACGUGGCUGACGGAGAGGGAGAAGGUCGUUGCUGUGCAGCGCGUGGCGGAGAAUCAGACUGGUACGGGACGGAGCAGGACGUUUGUCAAGGCGCAGGUGCUUGAAGCGGCGAAGGACCCGGCAGUUAUUAUUUUGGGGCUGAUUUCGUUUGUGAAUGCGAUUGCGUCGGGCGGAUUGGCGUUUGGGUCGUUGAUUAUUCAGGGGCUUGGAUUCAGUCCCCUCAACACGACGCUUAUGAACCUGCCGCUUUCUACCGUACAGGUUGUCACGCAGCUUGGAGCCGGGUUUUUGAGCAGCAAGAUUAAGAGUUCGAGACUGCACGUCGGCACCGUCGCCAUGAUCCCUCCGAUCAUCGGAACCUGCCUCAUCAACCAGCUCCACGCAGACAACAAAUGGGGCCGCCUCGUCGGCGUCUGGCUACUUGGCUCCUACCCCGUCGGCUUCAUGGUCAUCCUCGGCCUGCUCUCGACCAAUAUCGCCGGCAGCACGAAGAGAUCUGUUGCCUCGGGCUGGGUCUUUGUGUGCUACUGCGUCGGGCAGAUUGCCGGCCCGCAGUUCUUCAAGAGCACCGAGGCACCCGCGUACCACAGCGGCAUCGUGGCUAUGCUGUGCGGGUUUAUUCUCAACCUAGUCCUGAACCAGAUUCUGCGCUUCAUCUACGUGUUGGAGAAUAAGAAGCGUGAUCGGAUGCUGGAGGGUAAGUCUGAGGAGGAGGUCAAGGAGAUGCAGAGAGAGGGCGAGGUGCUUGGGUUCGAAGACGUGACGGAUAAAGCUAAUCCCAUGUUCCGAUAUGUUCUUUGA